UGUAUGAAAGCCUCCUGGAGCUACUGCAGGAUGCAGACAGAGAUGCGGUUGAGAUGACCCUCUCUGCAUUCAUCAAUGUGCUGGACUUGAAAAUCAUCCAAAUAUCCAACCCCACUGCCCUGAAGUUGCUUGAGGCACUGCAACCACUCUUUGACAACGAGCACAGCCAGCUGCAGCAGCUCUCCAUGCUCCUCUUCCGGGAGGUGAUGGAGGCAACAGAGAGGAGCAAGAGCCUAAAGCCACACGUGUACCUGAGGCUGGUGCCAUUCUACUUCAACUGGCACGAUGAGAACCAGCGUGUGGCAGAGGCCUCUCGGAGAGCACUGUUUGGUGCAGCCAGGUUCCUGAAGUGGAGGGACCUUGAGCACUUGGUGACCAUGGAGCAGCCGUGGAGGUUUCCUGAGUGCCUGCUGGAAAAGGACAGGAGCCGAGUGGGCCAGUACGUGCGCCAGGCCCUGCCGUACCUGCAGAGCCCAGAGGAGCCCCUGCGAAAGCUGGCCAUCAAGUUUCUGGGGAUCGCCGCCAGGUCCAUGAAGCAGGAGCAGCCAGAGCUGCAGCUCAUCUGCCAAGCCCUUCAAAGCAUGACUGAUGACAGCCCUGCCGUCUCAAACCUGGCACGUGAAACGCUCCACGCCAUCAGAGCUGUACGGAGAACUCCAUUCUUCCCAUUCUGGUAGUCUCCGUUGCUGCCUCUUCCAGCCAAUACAUGUGUGACAGAUGGCAUCAGACUCGCCAUGGCAGGCCUGGCAAUUCAACACUGCUAUGUGCUGAGAGCUCUACAGACGGCUCCCUACUGCAGACUCCAGCAGCUCCAAGACUGGCUGUGCAGGGCGUGGCAGGCCCAGCCUUUUCCACAGGGCAGUGUCUGCCUGUGCUGCUGCAGCUCUGUGGAGAACUGAUGCAGGAAGCUCCAUCUCCUGGGGCCACCUGAGCCUGUGGGGAAGAUGCCUCUUCCCUGCAAGCACCUCCUUUGAGCUCAGCAUAGGAAUACAACCAACAUAUUAUCACACA